AUGACAUAUUCCUCCUCCACAAUCGUAGCGAGUACGACCAUCCUUCUCAUCCUCCUCACCUUCUUCGUCACCCUGCGCUUCAUCGCCCGCCACAACUCCCGCCCAAAAUUCUCCUCUCAACAACCUCUCACACAAACCGGUACAUCAGAAGGCAUCGGUUCUGAUGACUGGGUUUGUCUCUUCGCCGGCUUAGGCUCCCUCAUCGGCUGCCUUCUCAUCCUUGUCUCUGCGAACGAUGGCCUCGGACGAUCGACUUUCUCCUCCCAUCCGACUAAGAUCCGCGAAGUCUUACUACUCAUCUGGCUCGAUCAGAUCAACUACCUCCUCGUCAUGGCUCUUACGAAGACAAGUACGCUACUACUCUACACUCGGAUCUUCCACUCCGCGACACCAGAGCAGCAAAUAUUUCGACGAUACUGCUGGGCGCUGAUCGGAAUUGUCUGUUUGACAAGCUUCUUUCUGACUGUUUUUGCGAUCAUUAUGUGCGAACCGGUCGCAUACUUCUGGAAUAGAGUCACUGCGACUCCGAUCGAGAGUGGAGGCACGUGCAAAGAUCACAGACCGUAUCUUUAUUCGAACACUAUCAUCAGUAUCGUGACGGAUUGCUGCGUGGUUGUGCUGCCAUUCAAGUUGAUUUGGGGCCUGCAAAUGAACCGGAGGAAGAAGCUCAAAGUGUUGGGCAUCUUUGGCCUAGGUGGAAUAGUCAUCAUAUGUUCCAUCAUGCGAGCAACUCUAGUCGAACCUGCAGCACACCGAACGGAUCCAAUGGUGGAUAUUGCUGGACUAUCAACACAUCGAUCGAUCAGAAACUUCUUUGCUGAGAUCUUUGACAUCGGAAAACGAGAAGAGACACCUAUUUCACGGGAUCCGAGACCUACGAAAGCAGCGGUUACAGAAUGGGAUGAUUUGGAGCCUGGAGUUGAGGCGCAUGGCGUACAAAGCCCAAUUGGCGUGACAUUGAAAGAAGACUUUGGGCAAACUCCGAUCAUUGACCCAAGAUGGUGA